GCCAAUCGUCCUCUGAAGGCUCAGCUAGUCUCUCCCUGGUCAAUCUAGCGCGACCAACAUCCCUCGCAGUGGCGAGAGCUUGAGUCGCGUCAGGAGCCUUUUCCGCCGCCGCCAGCGCUCCGCCAGAGCUCCGCCAGAGCUCCGCCAGAGCCCCGCCAGAGCUGCAGCAGUGCUCAUCACUCGAAGCAGACCAGGUGUCAAACUAGCCGUUGCCAUGGCCCGCCAAAGUAAAAGCCCUCCUCAGUACCUCUCCCAGGACGUCUCGAGCCCCGCCCUAGAAUCCAGCACCGACACCCCGCAGCCGACGCUCAGGAGAGCAAAGGCCAAAGUCCCCAAGCCCGGGCCAGUAGACUGGUCAGCCCUUGACGCAACCGGCUUCACCGGCUUCACCAUCAACUUCCCGCAUCCUAAGACGCUAGAAAAGGCGAGCAAGAAGCGGAAGUUGGCCGAGACGGAACUGCACAAGAACUCGAAACUGAAGGAGAAUCUGGACGAAAAUGGCAAUCUCAAGCAAUUCAAUCCUUUCCCCGGAUCCGCGUUGCCGGACCUCAAUUAUGAGAUUCUGCCUGCAGAGUACUGGGAGGCGACUUCGCGCUAUCGCAAGUUCACCAUCUUAAAAGAGACCUUCUCCGUCGAUGACUUCGUCUUCAUUAAAGCAAGUGAAGAGCAGGACCCAGACCCUAACGCAACUGUCAAAGGCUGGGUCGCCAAAGUCCUCGAAGUCCGCGCCGGAGACGAGCAACACGUCUUCCUGCGCGUAUAUUGGAUGUACCGACCCGAGGAUCUUCCCAAGGGCCGUCAGCCAUACCACGGAGAGAACGAGUUGAUCGCCAGCAACUACAUGCAGAUAGUCGACGCCACAACCGUCGACUCGAAGGCCGAGGUGAAGCAUUGGGUCGAACAAAGCAACCAAAAUGAAGUUCUGGACCCGAACCAGCUGUUCUGGCGGCAGACGUUGAAUGUCGUGCCCGGUCUCGAGAACCCGAAGCUAAAAGGCAAAACCGUCAUUUCGGAACUCCCAACCCACUGCAUCGACAACACACCCUGCAACCCUGACAAGCUCCUCAUUCAAUGCCCCCACUGCAACACCUGGCUCCACGGUCCCUGUCUCGAGAACGACGCCAUCGACAACGAAUACAAAUCCCACAACAUCCAUUCCGGUGCCUCAGCUGGACUAGGAAAACAAGAGCCCACCAACAGCCAACCAACCACGCCCUCGGCCUCACAAGCGAAUUCCAAAAAACGCCGUCGAUCGUCGGGCAUAACUUCUGCCAAUGGCACACCGACCAAACGUGGACGGAAGAAAUCAGUCCUGACGGGAAGGGCUGCUAGCACCUUCCAACCUGCCAGGAUAUCGGAAGACUUGUUCUUCUCCGCGCAGGUAGUUAUGUUGGAGUCGGAGAAGGUACAAAUGAUCAUCACGGACGAGCGACCGAACCAGGGGAAGAAGACUUGGGAAGCGCCGCUGAGGUGUCUGAAAUGUGGUGAAGAUAUUGAAGACAGUGGACAGAAUGCGGAGAUUAGUGUGGCUGCGAAGGAGGAGGAUAUUAAGACCGAUGAUAAUAUUCAGGUGGACGGUGAAGCGUCAUCGUUGGCGAGGGAGGCUUUACCGAGGAGGCAGAAGGAGUUAUCGCCGGAUUCAGUCAUCAAUAGGGAAGAAGAGCAAGAGGAUGUCGACGAGGAAAGGGAGGAAGAGGAGGGAAAUGAAUGGGUCCUAGAUAAGGAAGCCUUAGCUGGAGCUAGCGAGCCUUCUAUGUCCGAACAGUCAGGUGACGCCACCAUGGAGACUAUUUGACCCCCGCAGACCUGUUGCUGAGAGCGCCGCAGGCGGUGGGUGAAACAUCAAAUAGAGAGAGAGAGAAUACAUCAUCACGUCUACAGCUACACGAACAAAGAGGAGGAGGAAGCCAUUUGUACCGUCUCACGAACCAAGGAAAUCUGUUUGGUGUAAGGGACGUCUGCCACCUUGUCCACGGAAAGAAGGUCCUCCUUCCGCUCCAGCAUAUCUUACGAGUUCGAUUUCCGAAUCUUAUGGAUGUGGUCAACGCUUCUUAGCCUGGUGUCCCAAAAAGCGGGUUUCUACGAAUUAAACGAUACCAUUUCCAUCCCACAAGGUAUAUCUUUCCCCUUAGUGACAUAGUAGUAGCUUAGUAGCUAGAUUCAUGAUACCAAAUUUUCC